AUGUUCCAUGACACGAUCGCCCAUAAAACGCGUACAGCCAUUGGCCCCGCACUCACCGGCAAUUUUGGUUGGCCGCUCCAAAAAUUCACGCCGGUCGUCGUUUGAUUGGAUUGAUCCUAAUCAUGUUUUGUUGCUGAGGGGCUAAGAACGCUGUCGUUUGAAGCAUCCACUUAAGCGACAGCGUUUACCCCAGUCGUCCUGUUUCUCUUGCUUUCCGUCGGUGCGAAGGGACUCUCCUCCCAAGGCGCCAGGCGAGAGUGCGAGAGAAACCGUAAUUACAAGCAAAUUCAUAUUUUCUUUUGCGCUCUUUCUUUCUCCUUAUUAAUAUCUCGUUCUCAUUUGAUUUCGAACUCGCCGCCGAACAAGGUCGGUUUUUGUUUCGUACGCUCGAGAAUCAUGGAGAUUUCUCCGGUUCCGAUCAGUACGUGCUCCAAAGAGAAUCAGCAAAUCUACCAGGAAUGGUUCAAUUACGCUGAUUCAGAUGGGGAUGGACGCAUUACGGGGAGCGAUGCCAUUAAGUUCUUCGCCUUGUCAAAUUUGCUUCGACCAGACCUCAAGAAGGUGUGGGCAAUUGCAGAUUCCAAGCGACAGGGUUUCCUUGGUUUUGGGGAGUUCAUUAUUGCAAUGCAGUUAGUGUCUCUUGCACAAGCUGGACAAUCAAUCACACAAGAUCUUUCAAGCAGUGAAAUUGACUUGAUAAAUUUGAGAGCCCCUACAAUGACAGGUCUAGAUGCCUUGCUAGCAAAAAAGCGUUCGCUGAAGACAAACGAAUCCGAUUCUAAUGGCAGUUCUCACUCACAACCAUCACCAGCUUCCGGUUGGUUUUCUUCAAAAUCAUCAAAAAAGAUAUCUCUUUCCUCAGUUACAUCCAUUGUUGAUGGCUUGAAGAGACUGUAUAUUCAGAAGCUGAAGCCACUGGAAGUCACUUAUCGCUUCAAUGACUUUGUGUCACCUUUAUUGACGAAUAGCGAUUUUGAUUGCAAACCAAUGGUAAUGCUUUUGGGUCAAUACUCCACUGGAAAAACAACUUUCAUCAAGCAUUUGCUACAAAGUAGUUAUCCUGGAGCUCAUAUAGGACCUGAACCAACAACAGAUAGGUUUGUGGUUGUAAUGUCUGGGCCGGAUGAAAGAAGCAUCCCUGGAAACACUGUUGCAGUCCAAGCAGACAUGCCAUUUAGUGGCCUGACAACAUUUGGAACUGCAUUUUUGUCAAAAUUUCAGUGUUCCCAAAUGCCUCAUCCUCUACUGGAGCACAUCACUUUUGUUGAUACUCCUGGAGUUUUGUCGGGUGAGAAGCAACGAACACAGCGUGCCUACGAUUUUACAGGUGUAACUUCUUGGUUUGCUGCAAAGUGCGACCUCAUUUUGCUCCUAUUCGACCCUCACAAGCUUGAUGUAAGUGAUGAAUUCAAGCGUGUGAUCUAUUCUCUACGUGGUCAUGACGACAAGAUUCGUGUGGUUUUGAACAAAGCUGACCAAGUGGAUACCCAACAACUGAUGAGAGUGUAUGGAGCAUUAAUGUGGUCUCUUGGUAAAGUCCUAAAUACUCCAGAAGUUAUGCGAGUCUACAUUGGUUCGUUUAAUGACAAACCUGCGAAUGACGUUGCUACUGGUCCCAUUGGAAAAGAACUUUUUGAGAAAGAACAGGAGGACCUUUUAGCAGACCUAAAGGAUAUCCCAAAGAAGGCAUGUGAUCGUAGGAUCAAUGAAUUUGUGAAACGUGCUCGAGCUGCUAAGAUUCAUGCAUACAUAAUCAGCCAUCUUAAAAAGGAGAUGCCUGCUAUGAUGGGCAAAGCUAAGACCCAACAGAGACUCAUUGAUAAUUUGGAAGACGAAUUUGUGAAGGUUCAGAGAGAGUUCCAUCUACCUCCAGGGGAUUUCCCGAAUGCGGAGCACUUUAGGGAGACAUUGAGUGGUUACAACAUAGAUAAAUUCGAGAAGCUAAAGCCAAAAAUGAUACAAGCUGUGGAUGAUAUGCUGGGUUAUGACAUCCCAGAUCUCUUGAAGAAUUUUAGAAAUCCGUACGACUAGGGAUCUGUUACAACCGAGUGUUGUGCUUUUAACAUACUUUUGAGUGAUUGUGUAUACAUUUAUGAACCCUACGCAUAGAAAUUUAUUCCGGCCCUGUAUAAUAUUAGUAUUCUUUGAAAAGCAUUCAACUGUAGAGGCAAAUUAUGUUCUU